AGUUUAAUCAUCCGUCACAAAAAUGGCUGCGCUCAGGGUGUUCAGUCGUAAUUUGCCAUAUUUACGACAACAAUUUGCCGCUUUAUUAGGGAACACGUCACCUUCAGUAAAGUUCAUUUGUGUAGUUGUAAUAAUAGGCUAUAUAUUGUCGUUCUCCGAUGACGUUGUGGACGUUCUGAGUGUGACGCCAGGCUAUCUAUUGCCACCUUCGUUCCAACUGUGGUCUACUUUCACGUUCUGGUUUCUGGAAAUCCACUUGUGGGAGGUGAUCAUUGACAUAGUGACUGUUGGGCUGUGCGGGAAGCUAAUCGAGCCACUAUGGGGUCAGAUGGAGAUGAUGAAAUUCUUUGUGUUGACGAACGUCGGCGUAGCUUUUUUGACGACGUUUUACUAUUUAGUAAUAUUUGCGUGUACUAAGCAGACGUCGUACUUAUUUGAUAUACACGUACAUGGGCUGGCGGGUUACCUGGCCGCGGUGAGUGUUGCAGUCAAGCAGAUUAUGCCCGACCAUCUGCUGAUAAGAACACCAUUAGGCAAGUUAACCAACCGAUCCCUGCCCUUGCUCCUUCUGAUUGUUGCGAUAAUACUAUGGGCUAUUGGAGCACUUGAGGGCACAUAUCCAUGCAUGUGGGGCAGUGGCACCAUCCUCUCAUGGAUAUACCUCAGGUUUUGGCAAAGGCACAGCAGUGGGACCAGAGGUGACAUGGCAGAUAACUUCAGUUUUGAUAACUUUUUCCCAACGGUACUGCAGCCUGUUGUACGUGGAAUACUUGGUCCUCCACACCGGUGUCUUAUAAGAAUGGGCCUCUGUUCCCCGAGCCCUCGUCGUGUUCAUCUCGCCCUGAGUCCUAGAGGUGUCACCAUAUCUAUGCCUGGUGUGGAACCGCAAGACAUGGAGCGGCGAAGGCAAAUCGCGCUCAAGGCUUUGAGCGAGAGAUUAUCCAAAACGUCCGAGCAGACGAGACAGAAGAACUUAUCGACCAAAGUAAACAUGGACGCAGUGAGGAAGAUGCAGUCGUCGCAAGUGAUACCGCAGUUCUCCGAGCCUGAGACGAGUAAGGGUCCCGCGGCGGCGCCCGCCGAGGCGACACUCGUGGAUAUCGGCACGGACCCCGCUCCGCCCACCACCAAACAGUCAUGAUCCUCGCGGAGCCAAUCAUGACGUCGGAACCAGAUUACCAACAAUAGACAACGCGUUAUUAGAUAUUUUGAUCAUAGCUCUCCAAAAUUAGAGGUAAGCGUAGAUUGCUGGGACAGAAAGAAAGCAAUCUGAUUGUCUAUUUCAAGAAUGCACCUAAUUGUAUUGUAUUGUGCAAAUGCACAUACAUGCAGUAUGCGACGAUUGUUGUUUGUGUUACGCGAUAUCUAUUGGAGGUAAUUUAAAUAAUAAGGCUGUUCACAGAACCAAUGUAGAAACAGGAAUGGUUGUUGUGCGUGUGAUCACAUCACAAACUUAGGAAGCUGUAGGUUUCAUUUUAUGAGAAUAAAAUAAUAUAAUGUAUUUGAAUCAAUUUCCUAUUUAAUUCUUUUGUUCUUAAAUAGUUUUUCCUAAACUUGUACCUAACAUGUUAAUUUUAUGUAUACUAUGUUCGUAUGACUGGUAAUAUACUGGAUUUUUAAGGACGCAUUUCCACUGAAACUGAACAGAGUGAGUGCGGAGAUGAGAUGAGCUGGAAUAUUCAAAUAAUAUCAUUGUAAUAAAACAUCUCAUCUCCAGUAGAAAUGCAGUACUUAUUUACAUUUGUUUCUGAUUGAAUUGUAAAUACCAAGGUGUCCUAUCUGCAAUAUUCUCUUUAAAGACCAGAUUAAAGUUAGAUAGAAGAGUUAAAGCCUCUUUGACUAUUUCUAUUCUAAAGACCAUUCAUGCAUUAACAUUUUUUUUUGAAAAUGUAGCGAUUUCAGACAUUAAAUAUCUAUCAAUGUUUAUCAUUUGGGUUCAAAAAAUAUUUAUGUAAUGAAUAAUGGGUUUUCAUUGUUAACACUUUGUUCCAUUUUCUGAUUUAUUGAUAACACUUCCUUGUAUUAUAUUUAAUCUAUGACAUUUUAUUAAUAUAAAACCGUUUACUACAAACAUUUCUUAAGGUGAUUAAUAAUGUUUAGGUUUAGUGGAUUGUCGGAAUAUGUGGUGGCUAAGCAGAAAAUACUUUUCAUGUCUAACAACAGCCUGGUAGGGUUUGGCUAAGUGCAAACACCACAGACCUAAAAAGCCCAGAAAGCCAUAAAAUCAAGCAAUGUCUUGGCAGUAUUCUCCCAGGAAAUGCAUGCCAGGAUAAUAGGCAAUGCUAUUCAACAACAAAUCGUAUUCCAUAGUGAUGGUCAACUCUAAUAUCUUAAAUUUAUUAUUAUUUCACAACAGCAGUCAGUCUCCUCACUGCCUAAACCUGAUAUGGCUGUUUGAGCUUAAACAUUAUCUUAUAAUAUAGUAUAAAAAUGUACACAGUAUUUAUGUCAUUGAAACAUUGUAGAGGAAGCGAUCGUGUUACGCUGCAGGGUGAUUUUCAAUUGUUUACAGGCGCCUGCGCAAUGUCCAUUUUCGUCAACAACAUGAUUUAGUACUGUGUUGUUUUUAUACUGUGUUUAUUUCCCACGAUAGCAUAAAACCUUAGUAUAAUAAGUUAACAAAAUACAUAACCAAUGUUUGUGAAACUACAGAAUUUCUGCAGUGGCACUGUGAAUGUAUACAGGAAUAGUAUUUAUUUUUGUUUAAAUAAAUCCAAUAUCUUUACAGUAUGUUUAUAGUUGAAUGUAUGGUGUAUGUAUUACAAAAAGGGAAAUAUUUUUUGCAAAUUUUAAUGCAUUUGUUGAUUGUAUCUAGUUGAAAUGUGUGAGUGAUGUGAGAUAUUGUAAAUAUAAAUGAUAUUGAUUAUAGUUAUAAAUAAAUAAUAAACAAUCUUGA